AUGACAUUUCUAGCAGCCGCAGCACCAUCAACAGCUAGUCCUGCUUUCGCGCCUAUUCCACUGCCAAUGCCCAAACCUGCUUUCGCGCCUAUUCCACUGCCAAUGCCCAAACCUCCUUUUGCGCCUAACACACCACCAAUGCCCAAACCUGUUCCGACACCUACAUCGCCAAUCUCUACACCUGAGUCGACAGCAUCUGAAAAUGCAAAAUCAUGGUUAAUGCAAUAG